AUGACGAGAAGGACUAGGAGAGUUAUUGAUAGCCAUGUUCAUUUAUUCGAUCGAUCACAUCUUGACAAGUUGGCAUGGAUGACAGCAGACAGUCCAUUGAAUGAAGGGAAUGAUUUGGUGCGAUAUGGCGAAGAAUGUCAUGAUAAGAAGCCGCGAAAUCUGAAUUAUUCAAUUACGGGCUUGAUAUUUAUUGAAGCUGACAGAAAAGUAUUGAAGCCAAUUGACGAUCCUAGUGGCUGGGACUUUGUUCUAGACGAAUAUAAAUAUGUGGAUCGGAUUCGGAGAAAUGAGCUCCUAUCUAGCGAAAAUUCCGCACCUUUGCCAAGUAUACCCGUGAAGGCAGUGAUCCCAUGGGCACCUGUGCCAUCCGGGCGUAAAGUUCUCGAGAAAUACAUAUCUGAGCUAAAGAAAGCUGGUGCGCAAAGUUCUACCAGUGUCAAAGGUUUCCGCUACCUGGUACAGGACAAGCCAAACGGCGUGAUGCUGGAAGAGGGGUUUAUUGAAGGAGUUAAUUAUUUGGGAGAGGAGGGAUAUAUAUUUGAAUUGGGAAUUGACAUACGUUCCGGAGGGCUAUGGCAGCUUGAAGAGGCGAUUUCUUUGGUAAAGAAGAUCCCUAAUACGGUCAUAAUUAUAGGUGAGUGA